AUGUACGCGCGGUUACAUUCGAUAGAAGCGCCGCUCUUCAUCUUCUCCAAUCAUCAUCGUUCUCGUUGUCGUCGUCAGUGCGAGUCGUCGUCGAGUGUUGUUGUCGUCCGAAUCAGCCAAAAACGCUGUUCCUCUUCCUCUUCCUCUUGCACUUCCUCCUCGGGGAAAGUCGUCGUCGCGCGUUCUCGUUCUCGUUUGAAGAGAAGCAACGACAGUCACACCGCGAGCGAGAGAGAAACAGCUACUCCUCUGCGACUAAAAGUCGAGACUCUCUCGUCGCUCUCGUCCACGUUUAAGAAGAAGACGAAGAAGAGGCUUCUAGUAGAAACAAACGGACUCAGCGGUGGUGGUUUCCAACAACCAUUUUCAUCAGUAGAACAGUUGUUUGUAAUCGCCAUCGCGCUGAGCGCCAUCGUAAUCAUCGCAUCCGUAUUGACGAGGAAACAGAUCGCGAAAACGAAAAAAAUGAAGGACAGGGGAAGAAAAAAAGUCGUCGUCAUCGGCGGCGGGUUUGCCGGGAUGCAAGCGGUGUUUGAUUUAUCCAAGACGUGCGAUGUCACUUUGGUGGAUACGAAGGCGUAUUUCGAGUACACGCCCGGGGCGCUCUCUGCGAUGGUUGGAGGUGGACCAAUGCGGAGGUAUAAAGGAAGCGAGAAUUCAGGAGAGAGGAUUGGGAAGUUGCACAGAUCGUACGAGAAGAUGUGCGAGAGAGUGGGGGCGAGAUUUGCGCACGCGGCGGACGACGGCGUGAAGAGCGUGUGCGAGGAGUACGUUUCCGUGCGAACGGCGGACGAAGAAGGAGAGGAGAAUAAAAAGCUAGAGUACGAUUAUUUGAUCAUAGCGACAGGGAGUAAUUACGGUGGUAGCACGUCAGGUAUCAAGCCAAUGGGAGGGACGCCAGGAGAAGGCGCGAAGACUGGAUACGCGAGACAAAAGACGUUCCAACGAGACGCCGAACGCGUAGCGUUGCCUUCUUCUCGUAAGGAUAACGACAACAUUAGUAACGAUGAACAAACGACUUUAAUUGUUGGCGGUGGAGUCGUCGGCGUGGAAUUAGCGGCGGAUAUAGCUUGUGUGCGUGCAAAAGGAAAACGAACUGCAACGAAUGUUGUUUUAGCGCACGAUAAAAAUAGACUUUUGGACACGUUGCCGAAAUCCGCCUCGGAGUACGUGGAAAAGUGGUUCAAGAAGAAGAACGUUCGCGUCGAACUUGGCCAGAGAUUCGAGAGAGUGAACGGCGAAACUUCUCCACCGUCGUCGUCUUCUUCUUAUUCUUCUUCUUCUUACGUCGGAUCUAAAGACAAAACGGUAAAAAUUGAAGCGAAGGAAACGAUCUUCGCCGUCGGCUCGAAGCCGUCCACCAACUUUCUUUCGUUUGAAAAUCCAACCGUUUUACUUUCCGCCGCCGAAGCGAAAAAGAACAACGAGCCAAUCCUCGAAAUACCGCUCAGUAAGCUCGGUUAUAUCGAAAGAGAUCCAAAAACUUUACAAGUUAUAGGAUUUGAAAACAUAUACGCGGUUGGCGACUGCGCGAUGAAACCGCCGGGACAGUUCUUAGCCUCUUUCGCGCACUGGGAAGCCGAAUACGUCGCCACGAGAAUAAAGAAAGAUCAACAAAGAAAGCAGAACGACGAAUAUUCUCUCCCGCCUCGAUUUAUGGCCAUCUCUCUCGGUCCUUGGAACGGUUUAUUCCUCUGGGGAAACCUCGUUCUUUGUAAAGGCGUGCUCGCGGCGAUUGUUAAAUUCCUCGUCGAGCUGUGGUUCUCCAACUUUUUCCCGGCGCCGUACGCGCUGUUGCGACGGUUGCCGAAAUUCGAGUUUACUUUGAAAGAAAGCGAGGGAGAGGGGGACGAGAUUCAAUCUUCGUUCGGGAAGAGUUCGCUCGCGUGA